GCCUUGUUGAUUUAUCAGAGGAUGGCGAAUUGAGACAGCGGUAGUUGGCCUUCGGGGGGCUCCCUCGUCGUCACGGCUGGACGCAGCUCGGAAACCUGGUGCGUUUGGAGCCCUGGAGGGGUCUCGGGUCCUGGGGCUGGUUCUGAGCUGCCGUUGUCUCGGCUCGCCAUGCCCCGAGUCUAGGCUGGGUAAUGUAAUUCGUGCGUGGCGGAUGCCAGCCACGGCCAUGAAAGCAUAUGAGUCUAUGAGAAGCACCUCCGCUCCCCCGUCGGCGUCCCCUGCGGAAGCACGACGGGACUGUGCUCGACGGGGCCUUCGCUGCUGCACCGGGGAUGCGUGCGGCACGCCACCACCAGCCGAGCCCCCGCGAGGUGGCCCUGUACGCCGUCAACGACGUGUUCUGCGCCCUGCCCGGCGGCCUCUCCUCCGUCUCGAGCCACGACGGGUCUUCCGCGGCCCGCCUGAGGCUCCACGAGCGGUGCGUGCUGCAGCCGCCAGGAGGCGCGGACACCUUCCGGCUUCGGGUCUACAGACCCGCGCCCUUGCUGGACCUCCUGCUGCACGACGGCGUCGAAGUGCGGCGCGGAGACAACGUCGCGAUCAUGCCGACGGCCUCCGGAGGGGUGAAGGUCGUGGCGGCACAGGAGCAGCCAGCCGCCGUCGGCAGAGGACAGGGCGAGCGCGCGGCAGAGAGACCCCAGCCGGCUGCGUAUGCCAGCGCGGGGCGCAGAGUCGAGGGCCCACGGCCAGAGGCGCUUGCCGGCGACAUGGCCCAGACCGAGGGCGUGGCGGAGGGCAUGCAGCGAUCUGAAGCUGCCGACUUCCCCCCGCUGCCCCCCCCGCUGGAACCCCCGGGGCCGGCGCAGACAGCGCGCGUGGCGGAGGGCCCGAGGCCAGUUGCAGCUGCUGCUGCCGAGGCUCCGACCGAGCGUUUUGUGGAGGAAACGCUCCCAGCUGCAGUCUCUGGCGCUGAGACUGAGGGCCGGCACCGCCACCCAGCAACAGCUACCGCUGUCGAGGCCCCGACGACCGAUUGCCUGGCGGAGGGCGCGCAGCCAGCUGCGGCUCAGGCGCACCCAGCUGCAGCAACUGGCGCUGAGGUCCGAAGUGACUGUGCGGCGGAGGCCUCGCAUCCGGCUGCAAUUGCCGCUGUCGAGGUCCCGACCGAGCGUUUUGUGGAGGCAGCGCACCCAGCUGCAGUCUCUGGCGCUGAUGCACGAACAGACUGCAUGGCGGAGGGCCUGCAUCCAGCUGCAGCUGCUUGCUUCGAGGCCCAGACCGAGAGCGUGGCGGAGAUCGUGGAUCCUGUUGCAGCUGUUGCUGUCGACGCCCUUUCCGAGCAUGUUGCGGAGGAAGCGCACCCUGUUGUAGAGGCUGGCGCCAAGGUCCAGACCGGCUGCCUUGCGGAGGGCUCGCCUCCAGCUGCAGCUGCCGUUGUUGAUGUCCAGACCGAGAGCGUGGCGGCGAGCUUCGCGGAGAGCGUGCAUCUUGCUGCAGUUGCUGCUGUUGAUGCCCAGACCAAGACUGUUGCGGAGGAAACGCACUCAGCUGCAGCCUCUGGCGCUGUGACUGAGGAGUCGCAUCCAGUUGCAGCUGCCAGGACGGAGUGCUUGUCUGAGGGCCUGUAGCCAGCUGUAGUUGAUGGCGCUGAGCUUCAGACCGAGAACGUGUCGGAGGACAUGCGGCCAGUUCAGGAUGUAACAUGAAGUGACUCUGGCGUUCAUUCGAGCAGCUCUUCAUGAAUGAUGGUGAGUUGGUCGAUGAUCUCAUGUACCCAUUGCUCGUAGUCAUUUAGCGUGAUAGUGCCAGCCCAGACAGCAGGAGGCUCUAGCUGAUAUCUUCCCUCGUCUCUCCUCUCCCUCCUCCCCCUCAUUCCGUCGGAUCGGGUCCGUC